GAAGGAUUCGGAAAACGGCGCCUUUGACCGCUCGAUGUCGGGAUUGUUCAUUCAGUCGGGCUUACUGUUUCCAUCGCUCAUGUAGUCGACGUAACCACCGCGGAUUGAUAGGAUUUCAACGCAGCAAGAACUUCAACGUAUUUUCUUCCUAUUUUUAGUUGCAAUCCGCGAACUCUGUGUUUUACGUUCUGAAAUGCCUGCGUGUGAGUGUGUGUACUAAAGCGUCUUUAAGUGAGGAGAGUGGGUUAGGUGUCACCGUAGUGUUAGUGUCGGCAUUCGUAUAAAGCGUGGAAGCUAUAGCAAUCAGGCGUCUCCAUUUGGUAAGCACCUGGAAAAAAACACAACAAGCUGCAACAAAGAACUAUAACUAAUUUGAAUAUAAAACAUAAGAAGGAUACCGAGAUAAACAAUUACGCUGAUAACGGAAAGUGCCGAAAAGAAAAUUCGGGACCACGUCUGUUGCAAGGAAAAUAAUGUUGCCUUGAAUCUUUGGUCAAAGUGAGGAAAGAAUAAUUCUCACUAAUCCUGCAUUCCGUCAGCCCCUGGACAGUGGACAAAAUAAGCGUUACUUUAGCGCGAUUUUCAUCGCAUGCCUUAUCCGAUUGGACCAAGUGAACUGUUAGAAGUCACAGAACCAACCGGCCAAGAAUACACGUAAUCUGACUGAGUGCCAUAACCGGGCAAACUUAAAAACGACGGUGGCGAUUGCAGGCGCGGAGAAGUCCAAACGACGAGAGGAAAGGCAAAGAUUAUCAAUCUGUUAUUCAUCCAAACCAUCCGCGGCGGCAUCAUCCGCUAUGGAUGAGGAGUUGGAACGGAAACUAUGAGCAAUCGUGUGAGGGCUCGAGAGCCCCCAGCGUGGAAGCAACCGAGUGCCAUGCCGCAGGCAAUGUCGGACACGGCAUUUAGUAGCAGCACCAGCUAUUAUAGCAGUAGAAGCCAAGCACCGUUUGGGUUGGGCACUAGCCUUACUAUCAGCAGUAGACGAAGCACCAAGAUGACAGGCGGCAGGAUUUCUCAAUCCGCUUCCGUGCGCUGCAGGCUUCUGCAGUCUUCCGGAAGAUCACUUAUUUCGCGUCGCUUCUUCGCCAACAACCUUUCCGCUACUGUCCCUAUCGUUCUGCUGUUGAUAACAUUUGCCAGCGACUUUGCCUAUCUCAGCGGCAACUCUGAUGGGGGCGGAGUGCUGGCCGAUGAUGUGACCACUACUCCACCCGAAGAAACCUGGACCACAUCUAGUAACGAAAAUGUGGGCACGGGAGAGGCGGCUCCGUUUGAUGCAUCUACUCGCGGUAGUAAAAAGUUUGGUGAUAAAUGUGAGAGCACCACUGAGUGUGGCUUCGCCGGAUCGUUCUGCGAUCCGAAGAAGCAUACAUGUCAGUGUACUGUCGAUUUACCAGCAACUAAUCACAUCGACAAAUGCGGAAAAAAACGACAAGUGAACGAAUCAUGCUUCUUCAGUGAACAAUGCGAAGCUGUGACCGAACAAACCGAGUGUCGUGAUGGAAGAUGUAUCUGCCUUUUCGAGAUGAACCCUUUCUUCAAGCCCGAUGGAAGCGUCGAGUGCCGAGCUCCGAUCAAUAAACCGAUCGAACCGGAGAAGUACAUCGAUCCCGCAAUGAUUGGUGUCCUAGUCGCAAUGGCAGUCAUGUUCAUCAUCAUUUGUGUAGUUCUCCGCUUGUUCAGCAAGGCACGUUGGCGUGAAAAUCGAACGAUCUUCAAUACACCGAACCCGCGAUUGAUGAAUGUUUCGCUUCUACGGGACAACAAACUCCUGCACGGCCAAGAACGACGCGGCUCACGCAUGUCCGUACGUUUACCAUCUCGUCAGCCUAGCAUGGCAUCACUGCGACCGCAUUCACCGAAUGCAUCGAUAGGCUCACGGCGUGGUUCCCGCGGAAGCAGUAAUGCAUCGGCAACUUCCACCAAAUCCAACCGUAGUGCAAACCAUCACAUAAAGGACAACGGUACAACACACCCGAACGAGAGUGUUACGGUUGAGAUCGCGGAGAUUAAAACGUAAAUUGAUAACAGAUAACAGUAGAACAGAACAAUGGGAAAACGAUAAAGGAAAUUACAAAACUGCAAAAUAGCGCCAAAACGGUAAACUAUAUGUAUGUGUAUUUCAUUUUUGAUAUGUUUUGCCUUUAAUUGUGAAGCUCUCCCAAAGCAUUAAUCAAUGCCUCAUAUAUAAGGCAUAAUUUAAAUACUAUGUCCUAUGAACCAUCCGGCUUCCGACAACUUACCAUUUUAGGGACCACAAAACGACGCGUUUCACUAAAGAGCCCAAAACCUUCUAACAGUAGAAGCACAAUUUAGUAAUUGAAUUAGUCGCACGGAGAUCCAAACAAUUGCACACUAACACUGGCUCUAGCGCACGGAUUGUAUUGCAGAUAUUUUUUAACUAAAUAUAGUGCAUAAUUGCUAAAUGAAAUGUUCUGCUGCUGUAAAGGUGAGAGAAGAAAAAACAGCUGAUGGUAGUGAAAUAAAUAUCGAUCUUGCUCCCUGCAAAGAGAAAUGAUCUAAUUAGUUUUGAGAGCCAGGAAUACAUUGUAACAGGAUGACAUUUGAUUUCAUUAUGCCUUCAUUUACGCUGUUAACUGUAUCAACUGUGCUGCUUAAUGAGAAUGCAUACAAAUUGAUUACAUGAACUCGAUCAAAUAUGCAUUCUUGCAGCCCGGUGUGAACAAAAUGAAGAUGGUGAUUACAACAACAGAAAGGUUGAAUACAUUUACUGACUAACAACACAUUUAGAAACAAGUUUAGGUGCACUACAUAAGACAAUCGAAGGAUGAAAAACAAUGACGAACAAAUAUCAAGAUCAUGAGAGAGGGGGGAAAAUUUUCCGUGCAGUAUAAAAUCAUCCGUGAUAGCAGGAAAGACAGAUUAUGAUAAUGACUACAUAAAAAUGAAUGAUACAAGCAAAACAACCUACAUGAGAUAGCGAAACUGAAACAAAUUUAGAACGAAAAAAUGCUUCGACCGAUGAUCGUUUAUCCUGUUCGUGAUGAAAAUCUGAUGAAUGGAUCUUGCGUGUGCUAUCAAUGCAACAGUGUCCAGAAGUUUCGAAUGAUAACAAAGAUGGUUAAAACAUAAAGAGGAGGGGUGAACCUGAAAAUGUAUCAUGCUUUAACAUAAUUUAAUAUUGAUAAGAAACGCUUUCUCAUCAGUAACAUAACAUUGCUAGAUCUCAUAAGUAGAGUAGAAAAAAAACAUCGGUUUUGUUUGAAAAUUAUAUUAAACAUUCAGCUACAUUCAUUGCUGGACGGUUAUUUGUGAUCUUGUUUUAAAUGUACAUUUUGCUGUCGAGAAUGGAAGAAGGUAUAUUGCUUUGCGCAUUUCAUUAAAUGCUAAACGUGCUUGGCUUUCAUCGCGUUGCGAACAUCUUUAUUGGCAAUGAAGAUCUCAUUAGAUCUAAAUAAUCACCAAACUUAGACAAACUCAAACUAUUGCGAAUAAAGAUAAAUCUCUAUUGUGUACCCAUGUGAUCUAGGAUCGGACGAAACGCAAGUCCAUCUUAUUCCACUGUUGCAACUAGCAGUUGCUAUACAAGGACGAACUAUAGAGCAUAAUUUUACUCUAGAGACAACUACAAACCACAACUUGCAUGUGAUAUUACCGGAACGAAGUUCGCUUAGAACUUCGGUUCUUAGGCUUAGGCUGUAGAAGCAAAAAUCUUACUACAAUAUAAAAACGAAGAAAAAUAACAAAAACAUCAAAAAAAUGUUCAAAAAGUAAAAAAAAAAAAUACUUAAACCUAUCACACGUACUGAGUGUAGCAAAUUUUUAGGCUUUUUUUAUUAUCGCCAUUACUGAUACACUAUAGAAUUUUACAAGCAAUGCGCUGCCAAAUGAAAUUAGUACAUGCUACAAGAAUUACAAAAAAAAUCAUAAAAACAAUGAAGCCCAAAAAUGUAAAAAAAGAUAAUAGCAUGCACUAUGGUGUGAUACACCAGUGGAAGUUUGUUUUUCACACACAUUUAUUUUCUCAUUUGAACAGAGAAAUAACAUCAGAAUAUUCUUCAUAAAAUAGGGGAAGAUUUUAGGAAAAACAUUCUGAACAUUCUAUUUCUCUGCAGUUACACAAGAAUCGCCCAAAACAGUAAGCACCUACCUUUGAAAAAAGCAGCGUUCUUCAAUUUACUACUUUACAUUUACAUAUUUCCCUAUUCGUAGCGGCAUGCAUGAGCUUACCGUAUCAAUCUAAUACAUUGAAAAGCUUUAAUAAUGAAUGGAACAAACCAAUGUAAAAUAAGAUCGUGUGCAAUUACACGAAUGUAUGAAUGUACGAAAUAAGUACCCUAACUUUUCUCCUAUUGUAGCUGUUUUAAACCGUGAAAUCUAUGAUAAAUUCUUUUCUCUGAACACGUGACUGUUUGUGACGGUAGGUUCAAACUAGCAAUGCCAGUAGCAUAUAUUUCCGUAACUCAAGACCCCUCGACUGCUACAUGCACAUCAUACGAGAAUGCAUCAUAGCCCUUUGCCUGCAGUCAACAUUACAAACAAUAGUAAUUAAAAGUAAUGCAACCAGUGAAAAAAUAAUCAAAAUGUACUUGACAUAACUUUCUUGAGAUAUACAUAUAUAUUAAAGGUAAGCAUCUUAUAAUUAUAGGAAGGCUUUAUACAAAACAAAAUAUAUAUACAUAGAAAUAUAUACACAAACACGUAUAAGUUAUACAUACAUAGAAUCUAUAUCUUGGUCCACUCUUACUUCAUACAACAAGAAUCACAGCUAAAGUGAAUGCAUACAGCAGCAACAAAUGCAAAUAAUGCAGCGAACGAUCGUAGUUGAACAGCACGACCGCAAAUAUUGCGAGAAAGAUGGUAUAGAGGAAGUAGCACGAGAAACACAACAUACUACACAAAAAAUGGCUUAGAAUGUUACGAAACCGCAUUGAGUAAGAAUAACCAUUGUAGGUGAAUAGAUUUUGGAGAAUGUUUAAAUACAAUGCAUAACGCAACACAAUGGAUAUAGCCCACAAUUUAGUCCUAUGAGUGGCAAGAUUUAAUAUAAUAUCUUUGAAAUAGAACCAACCAGGAAGCGAUGAAGUACGAAAGCAUCUGUACCUCUCAGCCAUUCGUUAGUGGGACUGGUUUUCAGCUAUGGUCAAGCGAAACGAAACUCUUUGCACUCGCUUUGUUCGUACACCAGAGACAACGGAACUAAUCGUAUGCUGUCUCAGAGGUGGCUCCAGAUGAUUACUGCGCAGCAGAUGAAUCGCUGAAUGCAGGACGAAUAGAAAACAGACACUUGAACUAGCAAGCCAACUAGCGGAACGAUGACUGUAGCAUACCUGUAGUAAAUAAGAGAUAUCCGGUAGGUUGAAAAUUUCAAUCAAACAAAUAAGAGUAUAGCUAGUAGCCGAACAUGAAAGCAACUUGUAGUAAAGCAGAAUGCUUCUGACCGUACGUAAUCUUGGUAAAAACAGUUAAAAGAAUCUGUACAACGAGAAUGAUACUGUUUAAGAAGAAAGCGAAUGCAUGCAAUACUACCAGCAUUCUAGCAUUAGAAAGGAAAGGUACGCGUCGUAUUCUACCACAAACAACUAUCAGUACAGACGAAGAGAAAUCGCUAAAACGCCUGGUAAUUUGAAAUUUGGGGAAGAAUUUCAAAGACUGCCAUGCGUUUUGCAGGAGUAGGCAAAGAUGAGACACGAAAGGAGUGGACUGUUUCUAAAUGUACUAGAAAUGAUCAAAAACAAAUAUUAUUCUGUAGAAUCAAAUUUACUUAUAGUGCUUUUUUGAGAGCUUCUAUUUUCGUGUGUAGCUCAGUAGCUGAUUCAGUACAAUGAAGAUAACUUGCCAGUACACAUACGUUUUUUGCACAAAAAAAUGCGUUCCAUGCGCAAUCAUUCUACAAAUACUUCUCAUUUACAGCCAGACCAGAGUAGCAAUAGCAACAGGUUGGUAGCAUUUAGGUGAUAUUUAGUGAUGUAGCACAAUAGAAAUACCAAAGCGUAAACAUUAGUAGCAUAAUCAUGAAACGACGACAACUGUGUACAACGCUGUACAUGUUUUAGGUUCUUUUGUGUAGCAAAACCAGGAGCAGGAAUAACGUAGGUACUAGACAGCUCAUUCAGAGAUUAGUGAAGUAAUGAACAAUUUAUCAGUAUGCCUACUAUUAGCUAUAGACCUUCGGGAACUAUUUUUCUAAUACUGUCUUGGCACCUGUCUGCCUUGUCUCCUGUUUACUAUACAUGGUCUCAACAUAAGAAGAUUUUUUUUUCUACCGGCUCUGUUCUACUUUUCUAUACAGAGUUCGACAGAGU